ACUAUGAUUGGUUACCGAGGACCAAAAUGGAUUACGGUGACAUUACAGCAGCGUCGUCGUGACUUUGUAGAGAACUCACUUAAUGUUUUUGACAUUUGUAGUUUUAGGGAAAGUCGAGUUGAUUUAUUAUCUAAAAUAUCUUAUAAUUAUUUUUUAUUAACAUAAUGUCUACCCCGACAGAGUUAAGUUUUGACGAAAUAUUAAAGUUCAUGUUAGCACAUAAUGGGAAAGUGACAAAUUAUGAGCUGGUAAAACAUUUUAAAGUGUUUCUUAUGAAUCCCGACAUGAGAGAUGAAGCGAGGAACACUUUCAAGAAACACGUAAAUGCGUUAGCUAUUAUAAAGAAUCAGAACAAUGAGAAAUGGUUGAUACUUAAAAAGAAGUACAUGCCGAAUAACAGUAAAAAAGAAGAGGUGGCUGCUAAUGACAGUGUAUCAGAAUCGGAAGGUACCACCCAGUCGGUGCCGUACCAGCCCCCGCCUCCAUUACAACUUAAUCAAGACUUUAGUAUUUUAACAAACUUGAUCCAGACAAAUAAUACUGUUCAAAGUACUGACACUCCAUCCCCACUGCAUCAAAGUGAGUCUAGCAUCAGCUUAACUCUGCCCAGUGAUAUUUCACCUGAGGAUGUCCCACCAAAAGUACACCCAAGACGCAAAUCUGCUGAUAAAGCAGCUGAAAAAAGAACGAGUAUACCUGUGGCUCCCUUAGAACGGACAUUAUCAACACCAAAUGAUGACAGUGAGGUGCCAAUAACCGAGCCCUUGUCAUCUACUGCUAUAUCAAAAAGUGAAAGCAUGUUGGUUGACAAUGAACAGAUGAUCUCGGUGAAGGAGCGGAAGCAGAUGUUUAAUAGGAUGGCUUCGGAGGGAGACAUGCUAAAACAUCAAGUGAGCGGAAACUUAAGUGCACAGAACAUCGAUGAGGAAGACAGAGUUUCACUGGAUCCCAAGAGCGAGACCGAUCCCCUGGACUCCAAGCAGAAACAGUGGAUCCUUAACGCCGCUAGGGGCGACUACCAUGCCCUGGCAAAGAUGUGUAAGGAGAACUCUAAGCUCGUUAAAACCAAGGAUCCUUUUACGUAUACGGCGAUGCACUGGGCCUGUAAGCGCGGCGAUGAAAAUUUAGUGAAACUGCUAGCUGGGGCGGCGCGGCAGGUUGUCUACGAGCGCUCGAAUGGGGGAUACACUCCGCUACACAUUGCCAUGCAGUUUCGUCAUGAAAAUCUCUUCAGACUGCUAGUUGAAGCUUACGAUGCAGAUCCAAAUGCCAGAGACUGGUCUGGUCGGAAGCCAAGGCAAUAUCUAGUCAACAUUGACACCUCCAUGUCUCCAGGAUCCUACAGGAAGGCGAAUACGUUCGAUUUGAAACGGACUGUCACCUCUCCACCGGUUUUAAGAAUCACCCCUCAUCCAACAGUUCAUGCGAUGUCAAAGAAAGAGGGUUUCCUCCGGAUCGGGUCGUUAAACGUCCGCGUCAAGAAGACGACGGAGGCUUUCAGCAACUUCCUCGGCGUGGGCGCGACGCGCUCGUCCGCCUACAUGCCCAAGUCGGCUAGAGACAGGCCGCUGGACCGCAACUCUGACGAUGCCACACAUAAGAGCUGGGGCUCAGCAGAUAACCUGCAGAAGGAUGACAAGCUGAUGCCUCCUCCUACCAACAGUGGCAAGGUGAGACGGCGAGGUGCCACGGGGCGCCGAGGCCUGGGCUCCCACAGCCGAAGCACGCCCACUACUCCUGACCAGCCGCGAGCACGCAUCGGCAGCAGCGAGACUGGCGACUCAGACUCGGACUCCGCCGCCGGCUUCCACUCCGCCUGGCGUCAACAGCGCGCCUCCAACUGCACAUAGCCAUGACGGAACCUGAAUGAUGCUGAAGUAAGGACGCUUAGCAAGAAGAACUUCGUACUCCCUAUCUCUAUAGUACAAUUAUAUUGCUGCCCCACCGAUUAUGCCUGCGGUCAAUGCCACUGUGCGAGCGGGACAGCAAUAUAAUUAUGCGCGUGCUAUAGAAAGAGGAAAUAAAGUGUCAAUGUACGAAAUUCUUCCUGCCAAGCGUCCUUAAUUUAUGACAUUUACUUAAAGUGAGACAGUCCUUAAGCUACUGUCUACUGUACACACGGUGAACAGUUUUGUGUAAGCUUUUUGCAAGAUUUUACUAUUUUUGUUACUAGAUCACAAUAUCAGAUUGAAAUUAAAUUACCCAUAGGUACCUAUAUAUAUUUUGGUGAUCUACGGAUGUAAUGUUAUGGUACCUUCAAGCUAGUCGGAUGUUAAAAACUGAUGGUGGCCAAAGAAAAGCUGUAAGAAACCAAACAAUGGACUGACUUAAUAAUACGGCACAUCAAGCGUGGGUAAAAGGUACCUAUUUGAAAUAAUGUAUCUUCAAUGAAUUAAGACUCGUCAUUUUCAACUUGUCAUUAUUUCAUCAUAAAUAUUGAAUUGGUUUUUGACAAUAUGAUGAAUAUUCGACGGAAUUUUAUUUUUAUAUUACGCUAUUCACCGUACCACCAAAUCGUGGCUUAGUGAUUUUAUCUAUAAAUUCCCUUUUACAUAUCAGCCCGCUCAGUCAAAAUGCCAAUCGUUAACGCUAACGAACGAAACGCAACUGUCACAGUCGCACUAAUAUGGAAGGGUGAUAGAGAGAGAUGACUAUGCUAAGCUACGGAGUGCUAAGGAUUGGCAUGUUGGCUACGCGGGCGGUUAGUUCCAUUGUGGUGUUAGUUCCAAUUGCUUGGUCGUAUAUCACCUAUAGUGUCUUAUUAUACAAGCUUAUAUUACUAGACGUAGCUUAGUGUAGGUAAUAGUUAUGUGGUUACUAAUAGAGAUACAAAUUUUAAAAUAUGGUUGAAGAUAUCUGGAAUUAAUAAAUUCAGUGUUCACCAUGCCUAAUGUUAAAUUAAAUGAACUCACUAGUUACAUAUACCCAGGGAUCGGAACCGGUUUUUUGCAAAAACAUCGAAAUAACCAUAUAUUUCGGUUUUUUUUAUACUCUAAAAAUAGGGCUCCGUUGUGUUUUCAGAUAACGACUUCGUAUUAUUAGAUUGCCUAAUUAGAAAUUAAGUAAUUAACAAAGAACGAAAAAAUACCGUUUUCGUUCCCAUACAAAAAAUACCGGUUUCCGAUCCCUGCAUAUACCUAUUAUACCUGUAACUUGAAAAUAGGAUCCCAAAUCGAAAAAAAAAAACAUUGAUUUGGUUGAUAAAUGUGAUGCUCUAAUCACUAUCUAAUUAUUAUUUCGUUUGUACCAAUCUUUACAAUUUAGAUGUAUUUAUUGUUUGACUCAAUUACUGAGUGAGAUUGUUUGACUAAAUUACUAUACAUGUUACGCUAACUACUUGACGGUAGGCUAGAAUUUAAUUAGACUCUAAAUAGGCCAUACAGUAUAGGUAUAUGGAUUUUCCUAUAACAAGCAUAUACAUUAUCUUACGAAUCAUGAUUUUGAAGUCUACUUUGACUGUGACUCAGUGACUUUGUGUAAUAUAAAAGUGCACAAAACGUAAUGUAUAUUCAUAUGAAAUUUAUACAUAAGUGUGUAUAAUCUACAAUUUGAUUUAAUAUGAACAAUUUUUACUUGUUAAUGAAAUAAUAAACUCAGUUAAUGAAAUCUAAAAUCUUAUAAUCAGGGCCCGUACAUGUCAUGCCGGUGACAUAAAAAUGACGUCACGUUACAUAGAGUAUGAUUUCAAUUAGUCUUUUCGUAAUAAUGUGCACAAACGUACUGUAUAUUUAAAUGAAAUGUAUACAUAAGUGUAUAAGUAUAAUGUACAAUUUGAUUUAAUGUGAACAAUUUUUACUUGUUAAUGAAAUAAUUAAUAAACUCCUUAGAUAAGUUAAUGAAAUCUAAAAUCUUAUAAUCAGGGCCCGUACAUUUCAUGCCAUUGAUGGAAAAAUGACGUCACGUUACAUAGAUUAUGAUUCCAAUUAGUCUUAUAAUUUAUUAGUUGUCAACCUCUUUAAUUAACUGAUGUAGAUACUUAACAAUCAGUACAGAAACGUCUAACUGACUAUCAUAUUGCCACUUAACUAAAUAAUAUAAGUAUUAUUAGUUUAUUAAAUAAUACAUAUUUUUGAGUUUUAACAGUCUAUUUUACAUAAGAAGUAUAUAUUUUCUAUGCAUCAAUACGUUAGUUAUGUAAAUUGUGUAGUAUAAUAAAAAACUCCCUGUAUGUUAAAUUAAGUCAUUUUUGCGUCAAAGUAAUGAUGUAUGUACAGGUCCUGCUUAUAAUAAAUAGAUGUACUUUAAAUAUUAUACACUCCGAUGAUACAACGUAUAGUCCCGAAAUAUAACAAUGAACUGUUUAACAUUAUACACUUCUAUGAUACAAAGUAUACUCCCGAAACAGAACAAUAAACUGUUAACAUUAUACAGUCCGAUGAUACAACGUACACUCCCGAAACAGAACAAUGAACUGUUAAUAUUAUACACUUCGAUGAUACAACGUAUACUCCCGAAACAGAAUAAUGAACUGUUAACAUUAUACACUCCGAUGAUAAACGUAUACUCCCGAAACAGAAGAAUGAAUUUUUAACAUUAUACACUCCGAUGAUACAACGUAUACUCCCGAAACAAUAAAUUUGGUGCUAAGAUGUGAUUGAUAUAGAAAGAAAAUUCGAUUAUAAGUUAAGGGCUGGCAAUAUUGGCUUAUAGCUCCUGUUUGUGAAAUUAUUGUGUCUCAAAAUUAAAUUUAGCUAUUAGAAUUGUCAGUUUAAGUUUACACGGGUAUUAAAUUCAGUAACUUGUUAAACGUGUUUUUUUGCAAUUAUUAUAUUACCUAUUUUUGUUUACUAAACAGCAAUGCUAUAGACACGGGAGAGGUGUUGUGAGUCACGUUUAUAGAUAAAUAAAUAUUUAUCUUAACUUAAGAGCUACUAAUAUUCACAUCAACUGUUUGUUUCCGUCACCAUUCGUGAUAUUUUGUUAUUUCUGGUCAUGUCCGAGGAGCUUGUCUAAUUUCAUCCAUAAUGUAUAAUAUAUAGGCCUGUAUAAGUUUUAUUAUAAAUUAAUACUUUUAUGAUUGUUAUCUAGGGUAGGUUGUAUACGGGGUACAUACGGGACUGUCACUGUAUUUAAGUAUCGCGUCGUAUAUUUCUUCCCCGUCCCGUUUUUGUGAGUGAAGUUAUGAGAGUACGUACAUAUUUGCACGUAUUUUCCCGUACCAGUUCCGAAUAAUUAUGGCAACCCUAUUCUUAUCUAUUACAAAUGUACACUGGAUAUUAACUCACGUCAAAGAUGCCCCCCUAAGACAAUAAUUAAUAAUUAUGAAUACAAGAUAAAGCACAGGGGCCCAUUUCUCGAACGAUAUUAGAUCGUUCGAGAAAUGGGACCCUGUACGAGAAACUUGUACUUGCGUUUUAAAUAUUAAACAAUUGAAUGAUUUUUACGAACGUAAACAACAUACGGUUGUGUAUGAUGUGUAGUCGGACAGAACAAUCAGAUUAUGAACUCGGUUUCCUGUAUUAUAGACAUUAUUAAUGAAAUAAUUUUUAAGUGUCUCCGCUGUCUUGCGCAUGCUAACGGAGCGGGUGAACGAUUAAACAAUAGUAUGAGCAACGCUAACUGGCGCGGACGUGUACGAAGAAUUUUACCCGCGAUGGUACCCGCGAGCGUUCACUCACGCAAUACAGCGGUGGCAAUAAUAAUUACAUGAAUUUAAUAGGCAUUUUGUAUAAUGAAAAUAUUUUAAGUCACAUGACACUUGAAAUUAUUGAUAAGUAGUAAGAAACUUUGUAACGAUCAAAUCGUUAAGUAUUAUUUUUGUAACUACCCUGACAUUCCAAUGUGACGCUUUAUUUGUGACGCUUUUAUUCCUGCGUAUAUGAAUAUAAAUUUUC